CGAAGACUCCACCCAAGGGAACAUCGUCCUACUCCUUAUCCUCCUCCCCCUGAUCGCUGCAUAUAGUGACGACCAUCACCACCACCUACACCUACACCUCGCCAUGUGUGGUAUCCUCGCGCUGCUCCUCUCCUCGCAGUCGGCUUCUGCCGCACCGGAGAUCAACGAAGCACUCUCCCUUCUGCAGCAUCGAGGACAGGAUGCUGCAGGAAUCGUCACCUGCGGGCCGGGAGGACGAUUCUACCAGUGCAAAGCAAACGGAAUGGUGAGGGACGUCUUCGACAGCAACUCCUUGGCAAGGCUCAGGGGAAGUAUGGGAGUCGGACAUGUCCGCUACCCCACUGCUGGCUCCUCAAAUCACGCAGAGGCUCAGCCCUUCUACGUAAAUGCCCCCUACGGUAUCGUCUUUGCACACAAUGGCAACCUCAUCAACACACAUGAGCUUCGCUCCUUCUUGGACGCAGAAGCCCACAGGCACAUCAACACAGACAGUGACUCGGAGCUUCUGCUCAACAUCUUCGCCAACAAUUUGCAGGCCACUGGCAAGUUCCGAAUCAAUGAAGAGGACAUCUUCACCGCCAUUGCAGGUCUCAUGAAGCAGGCAAAGGGUGGCUACACCUGUGUCGCCAUGUUGGCCGGAUUCGGUAUCAUUGCCUUUAGGGAUCCCAACGGUAUUCGACCCCUCGGCAUGUGCUCACGCCCAGCUGUUGAUUUGGACGCCAGCAACAGCCGAUCUGGUUCUGCUACACCCACUGCACACAAUCGAGACUACUGCUUCACCUCAGAAUCAGUCGUCUCGGAUGCGCUAGGAUUCGAGGACUUCGAAGACGUCAAGCCAGGAGAGGCCAUCAUCAUCACUCGUCACAAGGUCUCGCGUCGUACCCUGGUCAAGCCCGAGGAGUUCGUCUUUGCACCUGACAUCUUCGAGUAUGUCUACUUUGCACGACCUGACUCGGUCAUGGACGGUAUCUCCGUCUACCGCUCCAGAAUCGCUAUGGGUGACCGUCUGGCUGUCACAGUCAGAAAAACGCUGAGGGCGAGAAUGGAGACGAUUGAUGUGGUUAUUCCAGUGCCCGAUACCUCGCGAGUCGCAGCACUGCAAGUAGCACAGUCUCUCGGCGUUCCUUACAGGGAAGGCUUCGUCAAGAACCGCUAUGUUGGACGAACGUUCAUCAUGCCAGGUCAGAGUGUGCGAAGGAAGAAUGUGAGGAGGAAACUGAAUGCCAUGGCCAUGGAGUUCUCGGGAAGGAACGUCCUCAUCGUGGACGACUCCAUCGUCCGAGGAACCACAUCGCGAGAGAUCAUCCAGAUGGCCAGGGACGCCGGCGCCAAGAGGGUCAUCAUGGCCUCGUGCGCUCCCCCUAUCCGCUACUCGAACGUCUACGGUAUCGACAUGCCCUCGAGACACGAGCUUGUCGCGCACAAUCGCACAGAAGAGGAAGUAGCUGCUCACAUUCAAGCAGAUGUGGUCAUCUACCAGACUCUACCAGAUCUGAUCGAGGCAGUGCAGGAAGCCAACCCAGCCAUUGCCCAAUUCGACUGCUCCGUCUUUGAUGGAAAGUACGUCACGGGUGAUGUGGACGACAAGUACCUCGCUGGACUGGAGACAUUGAGGAGCGAGAAUGCCAAGCUGAAGGUCAAGAACACUACUAUCCCAACGAGCGGCAGCGGAGCUCUCGUUGGUCCGCCCGGAGAGGGAGCCAGUGAUCCAAAGAUGGCUGCUCCCCCCGCUGACGAGGCCGCCGUGGCCGCUGGUGGCGUGUCAGCAGGGAAGCAAGAGAAUGGCAAUGGUCUCAUUCUACCUGGUGAGACAGCGGGUGUGAAUGGAGCAAGGCAUGAGGAAGAGGAGGAGACGAACAUGUCGUGUCAGGGUCCGAUGAAUGGCGCGGAUGAUCUCGGACUCUUCAAUGGUUGGAGUCGUUGAGUAUUCCCGAUAUCGACCCCGGACCUGUCGUGGCAAUGAUUGUUCCCAGCUCCAAUUACUACACUACCUGUCUUCUUCUCGUCUCUAUCAUCAUCUCUUCUCAAUCAAGUCACCGAUUUCCUUUUUG